AUGCCAGCGUACCGGACUGUUCUGCUGGUGCUGACGGCUGAGCUGCUGCGCGUGCUGGCCAUUCCCUACUGCCCGUGCGUGCUCUUCAACAGCACUGGCCGCUUCUACUCGCCGAACUACCCGGCCAACCUCGAGGACAUCGACUGUCUCUUCUACCACUUCCGAGCCCCGCCAGGCUGGCUGGUGCAGAUCACCUUCAGCACGUUCUCACUGCCUAUGCGCAAUCCGACUUGCUCGUCGUCGUUGCGCAUCUAUGAUAGCUCUCCCGAUGGCCUUGUUGAUCCUGACGAAGAACCGAGUUUUACUUUUUGCGGGCAUGAAAUCGCCUCAGGGAGAACUUUUUAUUCGAGAGACGAACACAUGUUGCUGCAAAUCCGGCAUGCUGGGGCUUCCUCCAAAGGAUUUAUUGGCGAAUAUAGAUUUAUAUCAAAAGAGAAGUACCUCAAUGACGGUGUUGAGAUAGCAGAUUGCAGUUAUAGAAUCGAGAAGACGAAGGGAAUGCUAUAUUCACCAGGAUAUCCGUACUACUACAGAUCUUUCACAAAUUGCACAUAUAUCCUACCGCAAAGAAAGGGACAUCGAAUAGUGCUUUCAUCAGGGGAAAUAUCACUAGGAAAAGAAGCAUCCAUUGAUAUUUUUGAAACAACAAAUGGGCAUUCCAAAUUAGUAACAAUAGGAUCGAAUCAGCAUACACUAUAUGCAUCGUCAGCAUCGUCAGUUUUAAUUCAUUUUCAAGCUGGAAAUAAUCAUGAUAAGGGUCGUGGCUUCGUAAUUGAAUUCACCUACGAGGCGGCUGUUUGGCGCAGCUCCGAGGAGGCAGCCGGCGAGUGUUCGAUGACAAUCUCAUCUGAGAAUGAAAAAACAGGGACUCUAUCGUCAGCCAAGCUCAAUUUGAAAAGUUCAAACUUGCCGAAUAAGUGCAGGAUCGUUUUUCAAGGUUAUCCAAACGAACGGGUAUCUGUAAAAUUCACUCAUUUCAACCUCUAUGUACCGGAGAACAAGAAUGUGACAAGAAGGUGUGCAGAUGUCGAUCACCUGACGGCGGAUGUCCGCGUAGGCGCUCGGCUAUCGCGGAUAGAUGAGUGGUGCGGAGAUCAAACACCACCACAGCUGAUGAGCAGCACGAACCUCUUGCAGCUCGAAUACACAACGAAGUCCUCUCGAGCACUGCGAGAAAGUGCGAAAAACGAUCUAGGUUUUCGUCUGGAGUAUAAGUUCCACACCGAUUGGGAUAUGCAACAUAUGCGAGCUCGAGGAGAUCGCGAUAAAGGUUGCCGCUUUGUGUUCAACUCAUCUGUGCAGAGCAGCGGUAAACUAUGGAGUGUGAACUACCCCGGGCUGUACCCAAGAUCGCUGUACUGCGAGUACAUAUUCCAUGGCAGCGACGAACAGAUUGUUCACAUCCAUUUCGAGUACUUUGACGUUGAAGGAUUCAAUCAAUGCGAUGAGACAACACAGAGUGACUUUGUGCUAUUCAGCAACUAUCAGACCCACGAUAGAACAAAUCGGAGAUUUUGUGGGAAGGUAGCACCAAGAGGACCGAUUUUGUCCGAGUCAAAUUACUUCCGAAUGAUCUUCUCAACGAAUGACAUAUUCGAUGCCACUGGAUUCUAUGCUCACUAUCAGUUUAUCACUCAACAGAAAGCGCAAAUCAGUCGGGUCAAAUUGGCGACGUCUUCGUCUUCGACCUACCCACUUCUGCCAUUCACUGCUCACUUUAUCUUGUUAGUACUGUCGUUCUAUGUGAAUCUGUGAUCUCUAUAGUUUAAAGGCAGAGUCCGGGCUGAUACGAAA